AUGGUGUCGGCAGUGAGGCUGUCACAAGCAGCUGGUCCUUGUUCGAUGGAUGAAGAUCCGGUACACUCGACUUUAGAAGCGACGAGAGUUCUACUGCAGAUAGCCAAAUACGGCAUUAUAGCAAUUGCCGUUAUUAUCACCUUAUGCGUAUGUAUAUGCAGGUAA